GGGAGCGGAAAUGCGCGACGGUCCCCGACUCUUUGACAGCGCGAAGCGGCGCUUCUGACAGCCGUCCCGCCCCCUCUCGCCGCUGAUUGGCCGCCGGCCGAGCGCCGAGCGCUGCGAUUGGACGGAAGGGCGGCGAGGUCGACCUUUCGCACCUGUCCCCAGAAGAGAGAUGGAGGGUGGAACACGCGCUGAUGCACGCCAAGCACCGUGGCCACGAGGCCAUGCACGCCGAAAUGGUCCUCAUCCUCAUCGCCACGCUGGUGGUGGCACAGCUCCUGCUGGUUCAGUGGAAGCAGAGGCACCCCCGCUCCUACAACAUGGUCACCCUCUUCCAGAUGUGGGUAGUGCCUCUGUAUUUCACGAUAAAGCUGUACUGGUGGAGGUUCCUGGUGGUCUGGGUGCUCUUCUCAGCGGUCACAGCUUUCGUCACCUUCAGGGCCACUCGGAAACCCCUGGUGCAGACGACGCCCAGGCUGGUUUAUAAGUGGUUCCUGCUAAUAUACAAGAUGAGCUACGCCACUGGAAUCGUGGGGUACAUGGCGGUGAUGUUUACACUGUUUGGUCUUAAUUUAUUAUUCAGAAUCAAACCAGAAGAUGCAAUGGACUUUGGCAUCUCUCUCCUCUUCUAUGGUCUCUACUAUGGGGUCCUGGAGCGGGACUUUGCGGAGAUGUGUGCGGACUACAUGGCCUCCACCAUCGGGUUCUACAGCGCCUCGGGGAUGCCCACCAAGCACCUCUCCGACAGCGUCUGCGCCGUCUGCGGCCAGCAGAUCUUCGUGGACGUCAACGAGGAGGGGAUCAUCGAGAACACGUACCGCCUCUCCUGCAACCACGUCUUCCACGAGUUCUGCAUCCGCGGGUGGUGCAUCGUCGGGAAGAAGCAGACGUGUCCGUACUGCAAAGAGAAGGUGGAUCUCAAGAGGAUGUUCAGCAACCCCUGGGAGCGGCCGCACGUCAUGUACGGGCAGCUGCUGGACUGGCUGCGCUACCUGGUGGCCUGGCAGCCCGUCAUCAUCGGCCUGGUGCAGGGCAUCAACUACAUCCUGGGCUUGGAGUAAGGGCGGGCGAGCGGGCAGCCCGGGCAUCCCCGCCGCGGACACAGCACAGCACAGCGCCGGCCGCGUCCGUCCGUCCGUCCCGUCCGUCCGUCCCCACGUUGGGGCUCGGCCCCCCCCCCCCCCCCCCCCUCCCGGGGAAGCUUGGGAAGCGGCGGCGAGGACUCGACCUCUUCCUCCCCGCCACGGACCGGUUUUUUCUUUUUAAAAAAGCGAUUUCUUUUCAAACGAAGAGGUCGUCGAAACGCGAACUGCGAACUUGCUGUCGUCGGCCGAGAGACGGAUCGGCCCCGGCCCUGGGCUCCGGGAUGGAUCUCCCAGUCCUGCAGCUGAAGGAAGGGAAGAAGCCGGGGGGGGGGGGGAUCGGGCUUUGCUUGGUCGGACUGAGGCUCGCCCCCGGGCUCGUCUGUUCUGCGCUUGGAAAAGGCCGAGCCCGGCACGCCAGGACGCACGGCUGCCCCAAAACGGACCAGACCCCGUCAGCUCGGGCUCAGGGAGAGGACGGAGCCGAGCCGGAGCCCGACGGCUUUUUUUUUUUUUUGUACGUCGUCUUUUCUACGCGGCCCCGCGCUGUCCUUGGGGGGGGGCUUCACCCUGUACCCCCGCUCUAUGGCAACGGAAGGAGAAAGACGGAGCCGCGGGGCCGGGCAGCGGCUGCUCCGCUUCCCCACGGGGCUCGUGGUCGGUGACGUGGCACGGCGGUGACAGCGACCCACGGGGCUGCGUCCUGCGGGGGCCGUCGCCCACCCUGGCCCCGUCGGGGCGAGGAGCGGCUCCGCUGGUGCCGCGCGUAACGCCGACCCGGAGCGACGUCGCGGUGCCGGCCUCGGGGCGGCGGAGGGCCGCGGUGCCCGUCGGCGAGCUGCCGGUGCCCAGCUGGGAACGGUGAACGAGAAAUAAAAUGCCACCAAACGCA